AUGCAGCCUUCUACGAGGCCAUUGAUGCACCAGCGUUCUCCCUUGUCGACCUCCGCAUCCUCGGCCCUGACCGGCCGUCAAUCCCACGCCCGAACCAACUCGCAUUCGCAUUCCCUCCUCGCCGGUGCCCUCAAUUCCUCACACCGAAUCACUCGCCGAAAGUCCGUCACCACGCCCGGCGCCAACGUCGCUGCUCUCGCGGCCGCCAUUCGAGAGAGCGAGCAGAGCGGUGCCAUUCCGAUUGCGAGCGGGGGGAGGCGGAACACAAACACCAUGUCCAAGCAGUCCGCCGUCCGGGCCGGCCUCAUGGACGGCCUGCCCUCACCACCCGCCAGCCUGCCCAACAAGUCGCUGCUGGAAGCCAAGCGAGAGGUCCAGGAUAGCGCCAUCGACGACGACUCCAACGAGCUUUCGGCCGACGAGGCGGCGGCCCACCUCGACCAGGCCCGUAUAAGGCGAGCCAGCGACGGACAGCCUCUGACCAAGGAUGGCAAGAAGAGCAGCCGAGUAGAGGUCCGCUGCGAAACGUGCGGCAAGGGCUACAAGCACAGCAGCUGUCUGACGAAGCAUCUAUGGGAGCACACUCCUGAGUGGUCCUUCACCUCCAAGCUGCUCAUCUCCAAGCACCAGCAAGUGCAGCUGCUUGAGGCGGCGUCUGUCCUGGUGGCCAUGAACGGCAACCCCAAGGAGAGAUCAGUCACCCCUCCGGACUCUGCCAGGGACUUUGCGAGCGAGCCAGAAACGGCUUCGUCGCCCACCGCCUCUGGCUACUCGGAGCAAGCAGAUGGUCAGAGUUCCGCUGACACUACCCCACCCCCGAUUACCGAGGAGGGACAUGCAUUUGAUACCUCUGCAUACCGCGACAAGCGUUACAGCAUGGGCAGCGUAUUUUCUCGAAGCUUUCAAUCCCCGCAGCCGUCGAACCCUCUCCUCUUUGGUAGCAUUCCCAACGCGCACGGUUUCGACCAUGGCCGCAGCGGUAGCAUUGACGUGCGGCCAUCAUCCUCCGGGAUCAACGCCAACGCCGAGGACGAUCACGACCUGGCUGCGGCUGUCGAGUUGUUGAGCUGCAGCUUUGGCAGCAACAAUGGCUCACGACCCGUUGUAACACAUGUCGAGGACGCACCCCCUGUACCACCCGUCCCAGCUCAAUUCCUGGAUCAAGCCGCAUCCUUUGCCAGCGCUGGCUUCAUCAACAGCUACCCCAGCAGGCAGCCCGAAAGCUUCACCCGUGGCGAGAUGCGUCGCGGAAGUGAGGAUGUCAAGAUGGAGGAUAGCGAAGACGAUUUCGAUAUGCGAUCCCGCGCUCGCAGUGACGAAGACGACGACGGAGUUUUUGGUCGUAUGGAGGAGUAA